UCUUUCUUUAUAUCUUUGACACCAAUAUGAACAAGUUGCCCAGCUGAUCGGUAUGACAAAAUGGUUGGUUUGGAUCGGGUGGGAGUUGGAUUAAAUUGUCAUCGAAAAUCCAACUCGGAGCAAUGGACGGGGCAGAACCACAGGAAAGGACCACGGUGAGAUGUAUUGUGCCAGGAGUGAUCAAGUCCGAGUUUUCUGGAAAUUCGGCUUUGAACGGACAGUCUGAACGUAUCAGGCACAGCUGUAACAGUACUCCAAUGGAGUUGAGCCGAUACAACAAAAGCAGGGGCAAUGAUUCAGGUGAUAGAACAAACGAUAGACUGGCUGCCACCAGUGAUGGCAUCAAUAAUCCAUCCAACUGCAUCGAAAACAAACAAACAAACAAUCUGAGUUUCUCUUUGGACAAGUUGAACACUAAUGGCCUUGACAACAAAACAAGCAAGAUCGAACAGAUUGUAGAAGAUGCCAUCAGUCCUGAUUCUAAACAAGCUGUGAUGAAAAUUUUGGACCAAGUCAAUGAGCUUUCAACAGCUGAGAAGCUGCUACUGUACCUUAAGUUACCAACAGGGAAGAGUGGCAAUGUAGACCCACUACGGCAACCACUGAAUCCACUUGGAUGUCGGUUUGAAAUACAUCAAACGAUCACCUGGAUCAAAACACACCUGGAGGAGGACCCAGAUGUCUCACUUCCAAAGCAGAAUGUCUAUGAAGAAUAUAUUGUAUACUGUAACAGCAAUGGUAUGAAGCCCCUUUCCACGGCUGACUUUGGAAAGGUGAUGAAGCAAGUGUUCCCUUGUGUCAGGCCUCGCCGGCUUGGUACAAGGGGCAACUCACGUUACUGUUAUGCUGGCAUGCGCAAGAGAAUAAAACUUGAGGUACCGCUGCUGCCAGAUAUUGGUGAGGAGACCAAGCUGAGCAGUAGUUCCAGUUCUGAGGAUGAGCUAUUAUCAGCAGCAUCCUGCCUGAUCUGUGAGUGGGCACAAAAACUGCUGGGUGUGACAUUCAAGAGCUUGCGUGAUCUAGCGUGCCACUUGGUUGAAAACCUAUGUGUAGACUCCCGUUCUGUCGCUGCUUUCACCAUUUUGUCAUCAAGUUCUGGAAGCAAGGCAGUACCAAGCCUCAGCUCAUCAAAGCUAUGCAGAGGGAAAGCAGUGGGUCUACAAGUGGUGUCACCAGGUGGUUCAGUAAGUAAGCACCGCGAAACACAGCUGCAGCUCCAACGCAAGCUUCAGGAGCGUGAGGUGAUUCGGGAACAGAAACGCAAAUUACAGGAGCAGACUGCAGCUCUGACCAAGAGGAAUCCUGUGUCAUCAGUUUCAGAAAAACAGAAGGUGAAGCGUCCAAAGCUGAGCAUUAAGGCAACAACUUAUGGUAGUACAAAUAUAGCAACUCAGGGAAAUUGCUCAGAAGAUGGGCCAAUCUGUGAUAAAGACUACAGCAGGGCCAAACAGGGCAGAAGGAGACGAAGCUGUAGGUUGCAGCAAGUUGAGGGAGAGCGUACACCAGGGAUGGUAAAUGGAAAUCCUGUACAAGAAAACAGUAGGGAUAGUGCAGCAUGCAACAAAACUGCCUCACGCUAUCUCAGUGCCAUAGGAGAUAUUCUGGAGGUAGAGAAGCAGCCUAUCAUUAGCUCUCAAAGGACUGAAGCUGCAAGCUUGAAGCGGUCUCAUUCUGCAAACUGUGCAGAUGAAGUGGUGAAAUCCACAGCAUCUCAUCAAGACACCACAAGUACAAACAAAUCACCCACCACAUUCUCUCCAGUACAGGAGCUAAACCACAAUGUUGUCAAGAGAUCUUCCACUCAGCCAGUGUGUGAGGAAGUACUAGCAAAUCCAGUUGCCAAUGUGGGCAGUAGCCCAGUCAAUAAACUACCAAUACCACGACUAAGUAACCCCAACAAACCAACCAAACAGUUGGCAAAUGUGAUCAUCUUCCCUCCAGUUCUACAGCAGAAAUUGCCGAAGUUUAAGUACAAACCUAUUCAACCAAAACCUGAUAAUGAAGGAGACAGAGAGAGAUUUGGAGGGGAUGGAGACGAGGGAUGUGCAAAGCAGACAGACACGACUGGUACAGGUGAUGUUGUACUGGCUGAUGGUAUGAACAAGGAGCCGAGUUCUGUUAGUAUUGGCUGUCUAGAGAAAGAUGCACUGGAUGACUACCUACAUGGUGGGAACAACUCACAGGAGCAGGAGGAGGAACUGAUGAGGUACUUUCAGCAUCAGAAUAGUUCCUCCAGUAAUGAGGAACCAGAGGAUGGGACACACCGAGAGGCUUCAGAAACAUACCCUGCUACAGCGGAGAGUAGCAAAUCUGACAAAUUGUCCCAGCUUCGACUACUAUUAGAAAAGAAUCUUAACCAAGCCCCAUGUGUUAGUAGAGGUGGGCCAUUCAAGACCACUGGUGGACGAAGUGUUCCACCAAGUUCAACUGAAACCCCAUCUUCAUCUUUGUCAUUUGAGGAUCUUACAGAUGCCAGUCCUGGAAAUGGUGAUGUGUUCUUGCCAAAUUCAGCAGCUGUAAACACCACAGCCACUGCUGGACCAGCUUCAACCAGUCUGUCUCUUUUGUCUCAGAGAAGUCAGAAUUGCGCCAGAGGAAAACCAGCAGUUCUGCUCCCAUCAUUGCUGUCCAAUGGUACACACAUGAACUUUGGUUCUCGUCGCCGAGUAAGUUUUGAGACAUCAGUGAUGGAACACUAUCACGAUGGAGUGCACCAUACAACAGCAUCAGUUCCACCAAGCCCAAACACCAGGCGACGCAUCUUCAGCUUCACACCUAUAUCCCCAGGUCCUCACUCACCUUUGGGUCCACAGCGAGCAUCCUCAAAGCCAUCCAGUGCCAAUGCAAGCCCAUUUGUAUCUCCACGUAAUACACCUGUGCCUCGAUCAAGGCACAACUCUGGACAAACAGCCCUGAACCAUAAUAUUUCAUUCCUUGCAACACAUCAGAUGCAGAAUGGUGGGAAUAUCUUAACACUUGGUCGAACCAGGCAUUCCACCAUGGCAGCCAGAGUGGUACGCUCUAACUCAGUGAACAGCCAUUCAAGUGGUUUGCCACAGUAUCAGGUUCCUCGCCCCCGUGCAAUGUCAAUCACCACCCCAGUGCUUCAGGCUGUGAGAGACAGUAUCUUGCCAGGACAAACAAAUGGACACUUUGACACUGAGGCCAGGAACAUGUUUGCAGUGCCUGGCGAGCUCCAUCUGCCUACUCUUCAGGCUGGCAGUCGUCAGACAGCGUUGAAUACCUCUGCAGCUCCCAUGUCUCCACUUUCAGUAUCAGCACCACAGUCUCCAAUGAUCCCAUUUCAGCAGAGUGUCAGUUCUGCCAGUAGUCCGCUAUCAGUUCCAUCAACCAAUCCUGAUCAUUUCUCCUCACCUGCUCCUCAGAGCCUCCUGCAGGAAGUAUUGCAGACUACAAACAUUCCUGAUUUCACAAAGAAAACCUUUGUGUCUGCCAAGUGCAAGAUGGACACACAGGACACUUUGCUUCCAGGCACAGUGGAUGUGGCAAAUAGGCCUGCUGGCCUGUCUAUAAAUGUGGAUCCUCUGGCAAAGGAAGUAAGCCAGUUCUUCCCAGAUGAUCAUAAUUUUACAUCAGUAUUGACAACUGCAAUUGGCUUGCAGCCAUCAUCACAUCGGUCUCAAUCUGUGCCACUCCAUCGAAUGACAUCAGCCAGCCAGCAACAGCAACAGGAGUCACCACUAUAUGUUAACCAUAGCACCACUGCCUUUAAUUUUAACCACUUCACAUCAUCAGCUACAAGUUCUGUUGCUGCAACUCCAGUACCAAGCGAGUUCACAGACUUUGUUUCUGUGGGUGACAGCUCCACUGCCCCCUCCACUGACUUGCUCUUGGUGAACGGAGAUGCAGAGACAACUGAGCUGAACUCUGAGAAUCUGAAUCGCAUCUUCAACCUGUUGGAUGAUGUACAGCAGGAAGAGCACCAGAAGGAACAGCAGCAGAUGCUGACACUGGAUAUAGAUGUUGCUCAGCAGCAUAAUCAGAAGUUUCUCUUCCAACCCUCUCGCUCCUACCCUAACACCCCUCUUCCUUACCAGUCCAUCAGUAACACUCGGGACCCAGUGGUUGGAUCCUCUGCAACCUGCCUGCCUUCUGAGAACAUUGCUGCACUGACCUCCCGGUCCUACCCUUCUACACCACUCUUAGGUCAUCCCAUGUUUGGAGGCUGUGAGGAUGAUGGACCCUUUCAGCAAGAGCUUGGGAAUGUAAGUAGUGUGAAGUCAGUAAGUCAGCUCACUCUGAAUGCACUCAACAUUCGUACAAUGGGACCAAGCUUUGCAGCCAGGCGGAACAUCAAUCCCUUACUUGAACAGCUGUCCUUCUCGGUUGACGAUGAACUGGCUCUUGACACACUGGAUUCUCUACAUGAAUGUGACACACUGACACAGUUGGUUCAGGAGGUCAGUAAUCCAGCAUCUGAUGCCUGUACCUAAGGCGAUAAAAACUGAUGUGGUAAAAAGUACCUGGUAUAUUAGGAGGGAGGUAGGAGCACUUACCAUUAUACUUAUAUCAAUGUUUUCCAAAUAUUAUUCUCUAGUCUGGAGGUAGUUCAAGACUAUUAUUGUAAACACAGAAAAGUGUCAAGUUUUUGAAAAGUUGCUAUUAUAUGUAUGGGUGCUGCUUAUUGAAUUGUCACAGUCAGUUAAUAAAACCAGACAUGUGAGAGAAAUUGGCAAUCUAGUGUUGUUGUAAGUGCUCUGACUGCCCUUUCUAUAGGUAGCAUGUGGUUUGUUGCAUACAGAGUUUAAACUGACAGUUGUAUUCAGUUUCUUGUUGCAGAGCUGAUGGUUAUGUUAUGUUGACAGAUUUAAGAGAACCACAUAUAGCACAGGAAGGUAACAUAACCUCACAUGAUAUGCACACAGUCAUGAGUUAUUUAGGAAGUUUCAUGUUAGCAUGAGAGAUUUUUCAAGAUCUACUGCCUUUCAUAAUUUCCGUGUUAUGUUAAUGGGAUGACGUGCUCCCAUAAGAAUGGUAUGGAUGAUAGGAAUAAUUCAAAACAGGAUUGAGAAAAUGAAGUACAUGUCAAAAAUAGAGCUGUUUCAUACAACAAAAAAUUUGAUUUCAUGAGUAGUGGUAAUCAAAAUCUUUGUGAUAAGACCAAAAUGAAUAAGGUCAGUGAAUUCCUCCAGUACCUAAUUUAAACAGUGUUCUACUGAUAUCUGUACGGAGAUAGGAGGUAGAUGUAUAAAGUCUAAAUCUCAUUUUUGUGACAUGCAUUCUUCUGUAAAUGACUGCUGUUGUCAUGACCCACAUUCUUCUUUCUGUAGUGCUCUGGCCUUGGCUUCCCUUGUGAUCAAUGUCCAUUCUUCUCUAUUAAAUGCUUACGUUCUCCGGUUCUUUACCCUCACACUCCUCAGGUCUGCCUCCACAUCAUUCAACCAUUCAGUCUAGGUCUCUCGCUCUCUCUCCUUUUUCCUCUUGGUUAGUCAUCCAGCAUUUUUCUUCUUACCCCUGUGUCAUUCAUUCUCAUAACGUGCCUGAGCCAUUCCAAUCUUCGUGAUUUAAUUGCAGAGAUUAUGUCUGUAAAGUAAAGCGUCCCGCUACAUGCCUAUGCAGGCACUUUGGGGGGGGGGGGGG